CUUUAAAAUACGGAUUAAAGGGAGAUAUUCUCCAAAAAAGAAAUUAGAAUAGCUUAGCUCUAACUGUCAAAUACAUCGAUCAUAUAACUGAGUGAAGCUUCGUUUUGUAGUACCUGUAAAUCUUAGGGUUUACUUUCAUUUCCAUCUGUUUCUUGAUCACUCUGCUCCGAUCCUUCUCUAUAAUCUAUAAGGAAUUAGGAUUGGGCUUCCUACUUCAAGAAAAGCAUGAAUUACCUUAUUGGAGCUUUCAAGCCAGCUUGUAGUAUCUCCAUCACAUUUAACGAUGGAAAAACGCGCAAGCAGGUUCCAAUGAAGAAGGAAAAUGGUCAAACAGUUAUGGUUUCACUUUUCCAAAGUCAAGAGAAUAUAGCUGGAAAGAUUUUAAUUGAGCCUUUUCAAGGGAAGAAGAUUGAACACAAUGGCAUCAAAGUUGAGCUUCUUGGUCAAAUAGAGAUGUAUUUUGACAGAGGGAACUUUUAUGAUUUUACUUCCCUUGUACGGGAGUUGGACGUUCCUGGAGAAAUAUAUGAAAAAAAAUCAUAUCCUUUUGAGUUCUCUACUGUAGAAAUGCCCUAUGAAACAUAUAACGGGGUGAAUGUGAGGCUUAGGUAUGUUCUGAAAGUGACAGUUAGUCGUGGUUAUACAGGAAGCAUCAUUGAGUACGGGGACUUUGUAGUUCGCAACUAUUCACCACCUCCUCCUGUCAAUAAUAGCAUUAAGAUGGAAGUUGGAAUUGAAGAUUGCUUACACAUUGAGUUCGAAUACAACAAAAGCAAGUACCAUCUGAAAGAUGUGAUUAUUGGAAAUAUAUAUUUUCUUCUCGUGAGAAUCAAGAUAAAGAAUAUGGAUCUUGAAAUCAGGCGCCGAGAAUCAACAGGAGCAGGGGCAAAUACACAUGUUGAGACAGAAACACUAGCAAAAUUUGAGUUGAUGGACGGAGCUCCUGUCCGAGGUGAAUCAAUUCCGAUCAGACUCUUUCUAAGCCCCUACGAACUGGCACUGACACAUCGCAACAUAAAUAACUAAUUCAGUGUGAAGUAUUAUUUGAAUCUGGUUCUGGUCGAUCGAUGCUGCUUAAGCAGCAAGAAAUUACAAUAUACAGGUUACAGGAAAAUUCGUGAUGUAUUUAUUACCAAACAUGUGUUGCUUGCCAUUAAACUUUACUUAGAAGAUUAAUUGCCUCGUCUUGUGACACACUGUAAAGUUUUAAAUUUUGAGAACUAUGGAGCCUAAAUUCAAAAAAAGCCAUUUCUACUUAUAAACUUUAUUUUUU